AUGUUUUUGUUUUCGCUUUUUAUUGAAUGGAAGUGCACAGAUAGGCAAUGCAUAACUGAAAGUGGUGUCUUCCAUACUUCUUUAGAAUAUGGCAAUGAUUCAUCUAAGAAAAUUGCAAUUGAUGCGAUAAAAUCUGUUAAUAAUUACUCAAAAAUACCUACAUUUAUACUUGGACCAGGAAACGGACGUACAAAUAUAGUAACAGAAUUCAAAGUUUUUAACGAAUACAUAAAAAACACAACAUUUUAUAUGCUCGGGUACCGAGGUAUCGAUUCUGACAUAAAAUUAGAAGACUCUGACAUAAAAACACUAGCUACAAUCUCUGAAUCUAAGAUUACAGAUAAAUUACUCCAAACAAUUGCAAAUAGAACUUUCAGUAAAGUGAACGUCAGCAAUUUUUGGACUCCUUCACGCGCACUUGACAUUGUCAACUUUAUGAAAGAAGAAAAAAUCCAAAUGGCCAACGUUAUUUCAAUUGGCGAAACCGGAUCUUUAAUUUGUCAUCAAUUACUUAGUGAUUAUCAUGAAUACUUUAAUAGAUUCGUAAUAAUAGGAUCAUCUGCUCCAUCAUUAGUCCAUAAUGAAACUACUCCUCGCUUACUUGGAACAUAUCGAAGAUUAUGUCGUGAAGAUCCAGCAAAUUGUCCAUAUCAGAACAUCAGAUGGCUUCCAUACGAUAUACCAUCAUCAGUUCUUUACGCUUUCAAGGUUUCAAGAGAAAGAGUCAUUUUUGCAACAGAACAUCAACUUAGAAACCCUAAAGCAGCUGCAACAGCAUUUGAUUUAUUACAAUCCAUUACAGAUAACUCUAAAAUGAGCUAUAUAACCUUCAAUACCCUUCCAGGACCAGAGUUGUUAACUUAUCGCUGGUUAGACGUUGCAAUGCACCUUUGCUCAACACCACAAGACAGAUCUUUCUUUGCACCACUCGGAUUGAAGCAUGUUUGUAAUUAUAUGCCACAACUUUCGAAUGAAUUUAAUCAUAAGUUUAAUUCUCCAAUUUUAUUAGUAGUUGGUGAGCUAGAUCUUCCAAGAGUUCAAUAUGUAUCUGGUUUCUACAAGAAUAAUAGUAUAAAUUCUGAAAAUGUCGAAGUUAUCUUUUUGAAUAAAUCAAAUUCAAAAUAUGACUUCGGAAGACCAGAUAUUGCAACAGAAAUAUCAAGAUUCUUGCAUACAGGGUUAGUAAAUAUAUCAAAUAUCAACCAAACACAGCAAAUUGUUUGGAAAGAUUCAUUUUCAGCAACAACAUUCACAAAAUGGAUAAUUGGUAUCUCAGUGUUCACAACUCUCGCCAUAUCUGCUUUCGUAAUGAGAAAUGGAGGAAAAGAAGAUCUUAGCGAGAGAAAAGAAAGAAUUCGCCAAGAAUGGGCAAGGAAUCAACCAAAAGAACCAAUUCCUGAUAUAAAAAUAUCAAAGAAACAAGAAAAGCAAAGAAAAGAUAAAAGAGAUUAG